CACACUCAGGAGAGAGCAAACCAGUUUGGCACCAUGGGGAAGAAGCAGGCUAAGAGCGAGGCUGCUCCCAACUGUGAACUAAAAUCUUAUUCGAAGUCCUCGGGUGCACCGGCUUCUGCCAUGACAUUAAGUUCUAACCAGAAGAUGCCUGCUGAAGAUGGUUCUGGAGACCAUGGGGAUACUGCCAGCCUGGACGCUGUUAACACCAUCUACAGUAGUCACUCCCCUUCACGAGCCUCUGCAUCUCAGGAAGAGCCUUUUACCACCUACUUUGAUGAGAAGGUCUCCAUUCCCGAGGAGGAGUAUUCUUGCUUUAGCUUCCGCAAACUCUGGGCCUUUACAGGGCCUGGCUUCCUCAUGAGCAUUGCUUAUCUGGAUCCAGGGAACAUCGAAUCCGAUUUGCUCGGGGCGGUGGCCCAGUUUAAGUUGCUCUGGGUUCUCCUCCUGGCCACUAUCGUGGGGCUCCUGCUGCAGCGCCUGGCAGCCAGGCUGGGUGUGGUUACAGGCCUGCAUCUCGCUGAAGUGUGUCACCGGCAGUAUCCCAAGGUCCCCCGAAUUAUUCUGUGGCUGAUGGUGGAGACUGCCAUCAUAGGCUCCGAUAUGCAAGAAGUCAUAGGGUCAGCUAUUGCCAUCAAUCUCCUGUCUUCUGGGAAGGUUCCUCUGUGGGGUGGAGUUCUCAUUACCAUAGCAGAUACCUUCGUGUUUCUUUUUCUGGACAAAUAUGGUUUGCGGAAACUGGAAGCCUUCUUUGGCUUUCUCAUCACCGUCAUGGCCCUCACAUUUGGAUAUGAAUAUAUUACAGUGAAACCCAACCAGGCCGAGGUGCUGAAGGGCAUGUUCAUACCCUCUUGUUCAGGCUGUCGCACGCCGCAGAUUGAGCAGGCCGUGGGCGUUGUGGGUGCUGUUAUCAUGCCUCAUAACAUGUAUCUGCACUCUGCACUGGUCAAGUCCAGGCAGGUGAACAGGGCCAGCAAGCGGGAGGUCCGAGAAGCCAACAAGUACUUCUUCAUUGAGUCCACCAUUGCUCUUUUCGUCUCCUUCAUCAUCAACGUCUUUGUCGUCUCAGUCUUUGCAGAGGCCUUUUAUAACGAAACCAACGAGCAAGUGCAUGAAAUCUGCGUCAAUAGUAGCAGUCCUAACAGUGACCUCUUCCCUCUAAACGAUACUGCGUUGACUGUGGACCUCUACAAGGGGGGAGUGGUACUAGGAUGUUACUUUGGGCCUGCCGCACUCUACAUUUGGGCCAUAGGCAUCCUGGCUGCCGGACAGAGCUCUACCAUGACGGGGACCUAUUCUGGCCAGUUUGUCAUGGAGGGAUUCCUGAACCUAAGGUGGUCACGGUUUGCCCGAGUGAUCUUGACACGUUCUAUUGCCAUCAUCCCAACACUGCUGGUCGCAGUCUUCCAGGACGUGGAGCAUCUUACAGGGAUGAAUGACUUCCUGAAUGUGCUGCAGAGUUUACAGCUUCCCUUUGCCCUCAUCCCCAUCCUCACAUUUACCAGUUUGCGUCCAGUGAUGAGUGACUUUGCCAAUGCACUGGGCUGGAGGAUCGCAGGUGGGAUCCUCGUUCUUCUUAUCUGUAGCAUCAACAUGUACUUUGUGGUUGUCUAUGUUCGAGACCUGGAGAGCGUGGCGCUGUAUGUGGUGGCUGCUGUAAUCUCUGUGGCCUAUCUUUGUUUUGUGUUUUACCUGGGUUGGCAAUGUCUGAUUGCUUUGGGCUUGUCCUUCUUGGACUGUGGACAGACGUACCACCUGGGACUGACUUCUCAUCCAGAGCUCUUACUCCUGAAGAACUUCGACACUGAUUCCAUCCUCUCUAGAUGAUGGCCUCAAGAGACUAUCGAAAUAGUAUUUUCAAAAAACCCUUCUGCAAAGUGAUGUAAUAACUUUGUUAGUUCAAGAGGUGAGUUUUGUUCAAAGAACUUGAACAAAAAUCAGAGAUUUCCUUAUGGGAAGGCUAUUAAAAGCUGACCGCUGUAAGUGGAGGGCAGAGAACCACCCACCUUGUAAAGGUGUAAACAGUCAGGGGACAGCCAGAGUCAAAUGACUGGCUGAUUUUGGCCCCACGCCCUAUGGGCUUGUGUUGUAAUUUCUGGCAUUUUUUCUUGAAGUUGUAAUUUAUAUAAUUAUAUAUAAAGAUAUAAAUAUUUGUUUAGGUGGGAUUUUUAAAGUUUUAUAUAAAUUGAUUAGUUUUAAAAACUUUAAUAGAGCUCAGAGAAGUCAGAUUACACUGAAGUCUCUGGAUCAAAGAUGAGAAAGGAGAAUUGAUGGGGCUUUUUAAAGCUGAAUUGGUCAAACAAAAUCUCCUUUAAAAUAACGCUUCAUAUAAGAAGUCAAAGUUGUACUUACAUGGACUGGUUAAAGACCAGAUCAUAUACUUGGUGUUUGAAAAAAACAUUGCCUCAUAACCAGCAUUUCUUUUUUCCAAGGAAUGUCUGUCACUUCUUGCCUAUGAAAUUUAGGCUUUAAACUGGAAGAUACCAUAGUGUUUGCUGAGGUCUUUAAUUCACUCCUUCCAAAUGUCACAUUCUAGGUAACCAUCACCUUAUCGUCAGUCUUUUUUUUUCAAGUUUCUGGUCAAAAGUCAAAAGCCUUAAACUUUGACUUGCAAAGGAAAUUUCUGCUGUUCUUUGGACCUGCCUACCAUUUCAGAUAUUUUCCCGUCUUCCUGUAAACACUCCAUACAAGCCCAAAGGUCUGCUUCCUGUGAUUACUGGUAUUUAUUUUACCAAGUAUUAGGUGUGAUCUUAAAUGCAGUCUUUUAGGAGUGAGAUUUCUGGGCACUGUGGCAUAUUGGAUAUGACAGUGGCCUGGAAAUCAGAAGACUUGGUUUUAGUCACAACUCACUUAUUUUUGUAACCUUUACCUUUCUGCUUCAGUUUCUUCAUCUGUAAAAUGAAAAACUUGAAUUAAAUGAUCUUCUAGGCUCCUUCCAGGUCUCAUAUUCUCUGAUUCUGUGAUUAUCACUCCAGCCAUUGUGAAACUCCAGGUCAGUCUGCUAUCUCUUAUCUGACCCCAUUCACAAAUUUAAGUCAACAACAUGUUUUUAAAGCAUUGUCUAAAUUUAUUCACAAUUUACUUUGUCACCUAACUAAGAGCCUGGGCUCUCCCUGUCAGGAUCGUAGCUUGAACCUUAUUUUAAGCUUGAACAUUCCUUUACACAUUAGGAAUUCCAGAAAUUCUUGAGUAUUUAUAGCAUGCUGGUUG